UGGGAUUAAAAAAAAUUAAAAAAAGGGCUCAUUUCCAACAGAGCUCGAAGACGAAAACCAUACCAGUCAAGUCAGUCUCUCUUCUCGUCCUUUGUUUUGUUGCUUCCAAGUUACGAAAAAAGCAACGUCUAGGGCUCGUAUCCAGAAGAAGUGAAAAAAAAAAAAAAAAAAAAAGGAUCUCAGGCUCGCUCAAGGCAUCGAAUCUCUUCCAGAGGUGAAAUCUACAAUGAGUCUCUGAUUUAUACGAGCUACAAAAGCAUUCAAUCUCUGUCUUUCUGUUUGAAUUUUUUGCCUCUCAAUGGACGAGUACAACACAAACCUUCCCACCAGCCACUUGCUCGGUUCAGUCCCUGCUGUUGUCAAUGAAGAAAAAGAAAAGAAUACCACUAACUAUGAGGUCCCUGAAGCUAAUAUGCAAAUAUUCCCACCAACUAAUGGAGGGGACAGAGGAGGACGGGGUUAUCAAACUCUCCAAAGUCCAAGUGCAGAAGGGUUUGAACAACAACCAGCAAACAACUGGAAGGGAGUAUUUAGUAUCUCAUCAUACACACAAUAUUUCAAUGUGGAUACAGAUAUUGUCAUAAACAGGUUGCUUAGCUCUUUACAUCCCACCAGUGGCGAUUUUUUUGAUAAGAUCGAUGCUAAUCCUGACCUCUAUGGGCUAAUCUGGAUCUCUACUACAUUGGUAUUUGUGCUUGCUUCUCUUGGAAACUGUGCGACCUACCUCAUGGAAAAGCACACUGAUAAAACUUCUUCUUGGAGCUUUAAUGUCGGCUAUAUAAAUACAGCAGCAUGUGCUGUCUAUGGUUAUGCAGCUGUGGUGCCAUUGGCAUUUUAUUUCUUGCUUCAGUAUAUGGGUUCAUAUGCAGAUCUUGUUCGGUUUUGGUGUAUGUGGGGAUACUCUCUCUUCAUUUUUGUUCUGGCCUCUUUUCUGUUGCUGAUUCCGGUUGAGAUUCUCCGGUGGAUCAUUAUAAUCGUUAGUGGAGCUGCCUCAGCUUGCUUUGUUUCCACGAACCUGAAGUCAAAACUACAACAGAAUGAUGUUACAAUAGUGGUGGUGGCUGCAUGCUUCUUGCAAUUAGCUUUGGCAGUCUUCAUCAAGGUUUGGUUCUUUCCAUGAAGGCUCACCGAGCUUGGGUUGUGUAGUAUGAAAUUUCAGCAGCUUCUCUUUACUUUGGAUUUUUUUUUAAUUUUUUUUAUUAUUAUUAUUAUUAUUUUUUUUUUUGGGGGGUUGAGGGGGCUAUUUGAUCAAGGGUGCUGUUUGAUCAAUGGUAUCAACUGGAAUGGAAUUUGUCUAAGGUAUUGGAUUGAGAAACCAACUAGAGUAGAAUUUGUCCCGAAGUGAUGACGUCUAUGUUGGGAUUACGUACUUGGUUGCACCGAAGUCUGGUGAAGAGCCUGAAACAUGCAAUGCGAGAAAAAGAAAUCUAAAGAGUUUAGCAUCUGAUGAAUACCACACGAUGUAUUUGUCUUGUCUGUUUAAAAGCUUGUAAGGAGAAAAAAAAAAAAAAAAAAAAAAAAAAAAAAAAAAAAACACUAACCGAGGGGAGAACCUUUUUUUUUUUUUUCCUCCUGGCUAAGUAUUCCUUAUUUGAGUCUGGUUUUGUAUAUAAAGAUUGUAUCCAGAUAGAUUGCAAUUUUUCUUUUUCUUUUUUAUUAAAUCCUUUGCAGUAGUAGACACGGCUUUACCUCAA